UUGUUAGGGUCAUGUAGUCAACAUUUUAAAUUCCGCAAACGAAUAAACGUCAUGCCCCUUAUGCCCUGGGCGACACAUGUGCUACAAUGGACGGGACAAAGGAUCGUGAUCCCGCGAGGCCAUACGGCGUUGAAUUCGUUCCUAGGCCUUGUACAUGCCGCCCGUCACACUAUGGGAGCUAGCCAUGCCCAAAGUCCUUACCUUAACCGCAAGGAGGGGGAUGCCGAAGGCAGGGCUAGUGACUAG